AUGUCUAUUUUUAAGGAUAAUCCAAGUUUAACACAAAUUGGUACAAUAAGUCAACCAUAUCCAAUAUCACAAAGUGGUCUUAUGUCUCAAUACGCUUAUGGUUUAUCACAACAAGAUUUUUCACAAUCAGAUGCGUAUGAUGUUUAUCAAACAUCACAAAAUGAACAUCAUCAAUUAUUAUCUCAAGAUUCUACAUAUGCUGAUCCAUCAGUUUUUAUGAAUUCUCAAUCGUUAACGAAUCCAAAUCGACAUGGAGCAAUCAAUCGUACUGAUUAUACUUAA